GAGGACUAUCGUAAAAUCAAAAGAAACAAACAAAUCAGAAUAUAUACAAGCUUUCAGGAUAUAAUUUGGCUGCUUAAGUAAUUGUUUAAUGGCAAGAAGACUGGGAGUAGUGCUCUUUAUUCUUCUUUCGCUGCAGCUUCUCUCCAGCUACUCUGUGCACUCACGAACAAUCGUCGAAAACCUCCCAGGUUUCGAUGAUCCUCUCCCAUUCAAACUCGAAACCGGGUACGUGGGGACAGGACAAAACGAAGACAUACAAUUAUUAUAUUAUUUCGUGGAGUCGGAGAGGAACCCUGAGGAAGAUCCGCUCAUGCUUUGGAUUGCCGGUGGUCCUGUUUGUUCCACUCUCGGUGCAUUUUUUCGUGAAAACGGUCCACUUCAAUUUGAUUACAAAAAAUCAACCGAAGAAAAGCCGGUGUUGGAGUUGAACCCAUAUUCUUGGACUAAGGUUUUAAAUAUAAUAUAUUUGGACACACCAGUUGGGGCCGGAUUUUCAUAUGCAAAAUCAUACCUUGCCUCCAAAACAAGUGACACACUAUCAUCAAAGCAUGUCUAUGAAUUUCUGAGAAAGUGGUUAAAUGAUCAUCAGAGAUUCAUGAGCAAUCCGUUUUACAUGGGUGGUGUAUCAUACUCUGGAAUAACUAUUCCACUCAUUAUUCAAGAGAUCCACAAUGGGAAUGAAGAUGGGAAUAGACCAGAAAUAAACAUCAAAGGAUUCUUAAUCGGCAACCCACUAACCGAUAGAAAUAUAGACUUCAACUCGAGGAUCCCAUAUGCUUAUAAAGUUGCAUUGAUAUCUGAUCAACUCUACGAGUCAGCCAAAGAACAUUGUUCUGGAGACUACAUAAAUUCCAAGAAUGCAUUGUGUGCCCGAGACCUUAGGAGAGUGGACGAGUGCUUGGAGUUUAUAUACGAUAAUCACAUAUUAGAACCUGUUUGUGCGUCAUCGGAGAAUGCAGCUUCAAAUCCAUUGUUAUUGCAACCAUUAUCUCGGUCAUGGUGUCGAGAAGACAAUUAUGUCUACAAUGUUCUGUGGGCUAAUGAUGAUGAUGUGCAAAGAGCUCUUGGUAUCCGCCAGGGGAUAGUUAAAGACUGGGUGCAAUGCAAUGGUGAUCACUAUGAGAUUGGGAAAAAUGAUACUGACACUUACUCAUAUAAUGUUGAAAGUUCACUACCAUAUCAUAGAAACAUGACCCGUAAAAGUUAUCGAGCUCUUAUAUAUAGCGGUGAUCAUGACUCGGUAUUUCCACAUGUUGGCACUGAAAUAUGGAUACAAUCUCUCAAUCUAACAGUUGAAAGUGAAUGGGCACCUUGGUUUGUUGACCAGCAAGUAGCAGGAUAUCAGACAACAUAUUCUCAUAACAAUUAUUCUUUGACCUACGCUACGGUUAAGGGUGCAGGUCAUACAGCUUCAGAGUAUAAGCCCAAAGAAUGUUUAGCCAUGGUGGACAGAUGGUUCACUCACAAUUCUCUCAAGCCUGUCUAUAAUGCUAUAGGGCUACUUAAUACUUAAUUUCAUAAAAUUUAAAUUUAUUUUACGACCAAAGUAUUUAUUCAUAAGCAUUUAUUUAUAUGUAAAACCGCUUUCUUAAGUUAUGUAUUGUAUAAGUCAUUAAUUACCAGGCCUGUUAUUUUCUUUGUAUAAAUAAUUUACGCAUAAUUAAUAAAUCUGAGCUAAUAUAUAUGAUAUAAUGUUAAAAGAAUAACAAUUUUUGCUUUGAUUUUCCCCCACUUUUAUCUAAGCAGUAUA